CGCCGCAGAGCGCACCGCUGUCAGUACCAAUCUUAUCGCGUUACCCGAGUGGUCGACAUGAAGUCAGCUAUUGUGAUAUUGUUUUGCGUCUGCGCGACAGUAAACGCACAGAAUUCGUAUUCAGACCAAUUGGCAGCUGUCGAAGAAAACUUCGACAAUGUUGGAGAAGUUGGUUUCGAUGAAGUAGUCGGUAUCGGUGAAGGUGGCGGCUACACCGCGGGUAUUGAACCAAACGAACCUAAUGCUGCAAGGAACUAUGAUGAAGACAGUGAAGUGAUAACUGGUGUGACAGACUCCGGUAGUAACUUUGGAAACAUUGACGUCAACAGACAAUCAUACGUACAGGCACCAGACCAGUAUGAAUCUCAAUCCGCUCCGAAAGCAUCUAACAUAAGAUGUGUGGAGAAGAAUGAACGCUACCCAGUACCAGGCAGCUGUGAUAGAUACAUUGAAUGUCUGAACGGUACUGCAGAGGAGAAGCUAUGUCCAGACGGUUUACGAUACAAUCCAAACGUGAGGUUCAACGUGUACCCCUGCCAGUAUCCCACAGAUGUGCCUUGUCUCGCGCGCUCUUCCUUGCAGCCAGCUCAGCCGACAGCGGACUGCCCGCACCAGUUCGGUUACUUCAAAAUCGGAGAUGCUAAAAACUGCAGCGGGUUCAGGAAUUGCGUCAACGGCAUUGGGUAUGACUUCACCUGCCCCGAGGGCCUGGCCUUCAGCUCUGAUACCUACAGGUGCGAGUGGCCCGACCAAGUGACCGACUGUGAUGCUGAAGCCUUCCUCGGCUUCAAAUGUCCGGAGGUACCGAUUUCAAAGGAGCUAGGACCACCCGCCGGUUACAGGUUCUACAGAUCUGCAGCAGAUUGUCAGAAAUAUUUCCUCUGCAUCGACGGUAAGCCACGAGGACUCAGCUGCGGUGGUUACUCCGCCUUCGACGAGGUGACAGGAUCCUGCGUCGCCGCCGAUGAUAUUGAAGCUUGCCCAGCGGAACUAAAGAGCGCUGCUGCCCGCUCAAGGGUCGCUGAAGAACAACGACGGGCCGUCGAAGAAGAACUUGCCAAGAAAUGGGCUAAAGGACUACCCAUCAUCAGUACAGUUGGCCCCUCGAAGUAUCAAUACACGACCUCACCACCUAAAUUCGAACGUCUGUACAGCACGGUCACACCCGAAUUAUACGAAGAGUAUGUGACUCCAACAGGCGUCGAACCUCUAGACAUUGAGGAAAACUUCUAAGUCUUAUUUAAAUUGUAAUACCAUGCCAACUGCUCAGUGAUAUUUCGUCUAGUGUAGUGUAAUGUUAUUUUAUGAUUAUGUAACCAUCAGAAUGUAAAGUCAUUGUUAAUAUAAACAU